AUGCCAGAGCCUGUGCCACAGGACUUGAAGGCUCCAGAGCCGGAGCACUGUCCUGGUCCACAGUCAGAGGAUGCUGGUAAAGGCGAUGCCUGUACUGGAUGUGCCAACAAAGAGAUCUGUGAAUCGUUACCUAAGGGACCUGACCCUGAUAUUCCCUUGAUAAAUGAACGCCUGAAAGACAUAAAGCACAAGAUACUGGUGCUUUCGGGUAAAGGAGGUGUGGGCAAGAGCACGUUUACCAGUAUGCUCUCUUGGGCUCUUGCAGCAGACGAAGACGUUGAGGUGGGAGCGAUGGACUUGGAUAUCUGUGGACCUUCGCUACCAAGAAUGCUCGGAGCCCAAGGUGAAACUGUGCACUCCUCGAACUCUGGAUGGACGCCGGUUUACGUGGCUGAUAACCUGGGGAUGAUGAGUAUUGGGUUCAUGCUACCAGAUGAGGAUUCCGCCAUUAUAUGGAGAGGAGCUAAGAAGAAUGGGUUAAUAAAGCAAUUCCUCAAAGAUGUUGACUGGGGCCACCUGGAUUAUUUGGUUGUUGAUACGCCACCGGGCACUUCAGACGAACAUAUCUCUGUUAAUUCGUUCCUGAAGGGCUCGGGCAUCGACGGUGCAUUAAUAGUAACCACGCCACAAGAGGUGGCCCUCCUAGACGUACGAAAGGAGAUCGACUUUUGUCGCAAGGCAGGGAUCAGAGUACUGGGUAUUGUAGAGAAUAUGAGUGGGUUUGUGUGUCCAGGAUGCCAUGGAGAGUCUCAAAUAUUCAAGGCAACCACCGGAGGUGGUGAGGCACUCAGUAAAGAGCUAGGGGUCCCGUUCUUGGGGAGCGUACCCUUGGACCCAAGAAUUGGCAGGGCAUGUGAUAACGGAGAGAGUUUCUUAGAUCUGUAUCCUGACAGCCCUGCUACCACAGCAAUAUUGGACGUUGUUGAUAAGUUAUUAGAGGCAGUCGAUGCCGAGUAA